AUGCCAGCACAGAGGGUUGGCCAGGAAUGGCCCUGGAUGCCGGGGGCGGUCGGAAGGAAGAGAGGUACGCAGACGCGCUACGUCACAGAUCGAAGCAGCGGGGUUGGUGUGUCUACCGCCUCUUCAGCUGGCUCUAUAUCGACUCAUCAAGGAUCCGUUAUACAUCACCUCUUGAACGCCUGGAACGCGAAGGCCCCCAGACUACACAGCUACCCCGACAGACACCCCAACAAACCCGGACGUGCCAAUGAUAUGCAGAUGAGCAGUGAUUGUACUAAGUGGUGGUUGACUCCACACCUGGAACCUCUAUGCAAAUCCUCACCUGGCGCAGUCAUAUGCAAACUAUCUUGGAAGGGUUGCACUGACUCCACCAUUCCAUCUGUCCUCGGGCUAGUCAACGCCGAGCUCUUGUUAACUUAUGUCUCCUCCACACAAUGCGCAGUUGUCAGGAUUCGAUCCGCGAGAUAG